AUGCGUCUCCCCUACGUCGACGAAUCCCACCUCCCCGACGCCACGCCCUCCGACCUCGCCAUCCUCUCCGACACCCGGGCCCGACGCCGAGGCCCGCUCCUCGCCCUCGACCGCGCCCUCCUGCACUCGCCGCCCAUCCUCGCCGGCUGGAACGCCUUCUUCGGCGCGGUACGCACCGGCACCACGAUCGACGCCUCCCUGCGCGAGAUGAUCAUGUGUCGCAUCGCGGCCCUGAACCGCGCCUGGUUCGAAUGGGAGCAGCACGAGCCGCUCCUCCGCGAGACGGGCGCGUUGAGUGCUGAAAUGGUCGAGAGGUUGAGGGACGAGAGGUGGGAUGGGGACGGACUCGCGGACCGGAGGCAUGUCCUCGUCCUGCGGUACACCGAUGCCAUGACCAGGGAUGUCGUCGUGAGGCAGCCGCUGUUCGACGAAUUGAGGCGUCUGUUCGGCGACAGGGAAGUCGUCGAGAUCACGGCCACCGUCGCCGGGUAUAACGCCGUCUCGAGGUUUUUGGUGGCGUUGGAUGUCGGGGAGACGGCCGAGAGGUAUGGUGUCGAUAUGUCGUGA